CAUGCACGAAGCUCACAUAAGCGACGUGAAAAAAGAAGAAGAAGACACACCAACAAAGAGUUUAUCAAGUUUAUUAUUAAUUUCCUUCAUGCAGGAGGAGGCGGAGGCGGAGAAUGAGCAGAAGGUUGUUCUUCGAAAGGCGGUGUCCGACGUCUCUCAAGAAAUGGACAAGUACCUAGUAAAGUCGGAGCUAGAGACGAUGAAGUUAGGUGCCAUUGAAGAAGUGGAACAAGCUGAAUGCGAGUGCUGUGGAUUGAAGGAAGAGUGCACCAGAGUAUACAAAAGGCAAGUUCAAGAACGGUAUUGUGGGAAGUGGGUGUGUGGCCUUUGUGCUGAAGCUGUAAAAGAGAGAGUGUUAUUAGCAGAGAGACCAAGAACAACUAGUUCAAAGGUGGUGGUGGCCAUGGAAGAUGCUUUGAACCAACAUAAGGAUUUUUGCAACCAGUAUAACGCCACUACUAGGAUUAAUCCAAAGCUAUCUUUAACUCUUUCUAUGAGAGAAAUAGCAAAGAGAAGUUUAGAGAAAAGGAAAAGUAUGUCCAAACUUGGAAGGAGCUCUAGUUAUCCCUAAGAAAUUAUACAAAUAAUUCUUAGUUAGAUGCUUAUUAUUCCAUCUUUGUUUCACCAAGUUCACUAUUGGUGUGACAAUGAAAAAAAA